AUGGGCAAAUCUACCGCCAAAGCAACCCCCGAAAUAUCCUCCAUCCUCUUCAUCCUCGAGCAAACGUACGCCGAAUCCAAGAUCAUUAUUGUCGCCUGCCUUACCUCUUGGACCCUUUGUCGCCUCCAUUUCAGUUCCAUCUGGCUGUUUCUUCUCCUCGGCAUUUGUCGCACCGCCUAUCAACUAUCUAUCCAACGCGCCCAACGCAGCAUUCGCGAUGAGUCGCGCCGCUACCAUGCACAGAAGAUCCUUGGCCGCGGCGAGACGGUACACUGGGUGAACCACGUCCUCGACAAAGUGUGGCAUCUCUACGAACGGCCCAUCUGCGAACACAUUGUGCGGCAGGUGAACGCAGGGCUACCGCCGGGUCAGCGGGUGGUCCUUCGCUCUUUGGCAUCCGUUGAGCGACCGCUGCGGCUAAACCGGGUGAGGAUCUCACACUACGGAAAACCAGGAAAUAUGAUUUUGGAGGGUGAAUUUGUCGUGGAAAUCCGACCAUUCCAGGCGCCGGGCUUCCAUCUCGUGGAGCGGAUUACGGAACCCCUGAUCGAUUUGACGGUUCUGCAGUCUGCCGGUCGAAAGAACCAGAACCAUGACCUUGAAGUCCAAGUUCGAGAGUUUGUCGGGGCCGGGGUGAUUCGACUGGAAAUCGACUGCCAGGGCCUUCAGCCGUGCAUCCUGCAGCCGCAGAUCGAGCUACAGGGCCAGCCGAUGAUCGAUUGCACGGUCAAGACGCUGAGCCAGCACCACUUUCCAUUUCAUUUCGCGCACCAGGUGGAUUGGCGAAAAGUGGUGGAAAUGCAGAUUCGUGAGGGGCUGGGACGGGCGUUCCGAAGUCCGUUGCCUCUGCCGUUUGCCUUGGGGGAAAAUGCGUUAGUCAAGAUUAUGCGAUGGUUAUGGCAGAUGGACCGAUGUUGGGACAUGCAUGCAUGA